AUGGCAUCUCUUCACGACUCGAGAUCAUCAUCUCCUGCUCUCUCUCCUAUAUCGACUCCCCCAUCGAGCCCUCCGGAGCUUGACACGACAUCCACAGUUGAUGACAAGUUGACGCCGUCGAGCACGACCGACUACGCAAGAUGGCGGCCGUCGUUUCACCUCAUGCCGGAGUCUGGCUGGAUGAACGACCCAUGCGCGCCUGGCUAUGAUCCUAGCACUGGCAACUACUUGGUGUCCUUCCAAUGGAACCCGAAAGGCCCAGACUGGGGCGAGAUAUGUUGGGGCACAGCCAUCUCUAAAGAUAUGUGUAACUGGACGCUGCUGGAGAAGCCAACACUUUGCCCUGAUACUCGCUACGAUGGUGAGGGCGUGUUCACUGGCUGUCUUAUUCCAACUUGCGAGGACGAAGGCGGUGAGGAACUCACAGUAGCAUAUACGUCUGUGAGCCACUUGCCAAUACACCACACGCUUCCGCACGUGCGUGGCUCCGAAAGCCUUAGUCUGGCCAGAUCUGUCGACGGUGGCAAGACGUGGAGUAAGCUCGCGGCCAACCCCACCAUGCCAUCAGAACCUAUAGAGCUGGAUGUUACUGGCUGGCGCGAUCCUUUUGUCUCCCGCUGGCCGAGCAUGGCACGAACAUUGAAUCUCGACAGCGACAAGACUCUGUUCGGCAUCAUCUCCGGUGGCAUCAGAGAUUUGACGCCCUGCACAUUCGUCUAUGCGAUUGAUGCGAGCGAUCUCACGAACUGGCGAUACAUAGGACCGCUGGUCGACGUCGGCUUGAACAAACGACUCUCGCGUUGGUCUGGUGACCUGGGCCUGAAUUGGGAGGUCACGAAUUUCAUGACCCUACAUGACAACAGCUUACCCUCAAUGUCACGAGACUUUCUGGUAAUGGGUACGGAAGGGUGCCUACCAGCAGAGCGUUCAGGUGAAGAUAAUAGGACUGUCGCCUCGUCGCUUCCGCGCCCAGAGCGAGGCCAGCUCUGGAUGUCCGGCACUCUACGAAAGAACAGCCUCUCCACAGCGCCAGUAGAGAUGACCUACGACUUCGGCGGCCAUCUCGACCAUGGAUGCCUGUACGCCGCGAACUCGUUCCACGACCCUCAAUCUCAGAAGCAAGUAGUUUGGGGCUGGAUCCCGGAGGACGACCUCUGCGACGACCUUCGGCACAGACAGGGCUGGAGCGGCAUGUUGUCUCUACCUCGAGAGCUGCGACUGCAGACCAUUCGGCAUGUCGUGCAUGCUUCAGCAUCGCACUUGGUUGAUCUCACGAGCUUCGAGAAGGAGCAGGAUGAGUUUGGGACGUACACACUGGGAACGCUUGGGAGCGAACCACUAAGCACGGUGCAGCGUGCAUUAAGAGAAGCUGACGGCGUGACAACUGCACAUCUUACAAGUAAAGCAUUGUACGAGGAAGGGCGCUUUGCUUCUUUCACCACGAAUGACAUUCUUACGACUCGCUGGGAGCUUCGUUGUUCGAUACGCUUGUCCAGCAGUUGCAGAGCCACGGGCUUCACGAUAGGGCACUCAGCAGAUUUCACCAAAGCAACGACCCUCACCUUCGAGCCUGCGAAAGAGACAAUCACGAUCAACAGGCCGUCGUUCUCACGUCCGGAGCUCGUCAACAGCUCGCCCGAAGUAGCGCCCCAUACGCUCUUCACCACCAGAAUUCCGGCGAGUGGACGAGAGGAGACAGAGACGCUGGACAUUCAGGUUUGGAGGGACAACUCGGUCAUGGAGGUGUUUGUCAAUGGGAGGACAGCCAUCAGCACGCGACUUUACGCUGCUGAAGAGACAUACGGCAUCCGCUUCUUUGCUGAAGAUGGGACAGUAGACGAUCGGUCGGCGUUGGUGGAUGCAACGCUUUGGGAUGGGAUUGGAACGUCGAUCGUCCAGGGGUAG